AUGGAGCAUCUCUCUGUUGACCAUGGCAAGAAGUCCAAGCUCCAGUUUUCCAUCUACCCAUCUCCCCGGGUCUCCACAGCUGUCGUGGAGCCCUACAACUCCAUCCUCACCACUCACAGCACCCUGGAGCAUUGUGACUGUGACUUCUUGAUAGACAAUGAAGCCUCCUUUAACAUCUGUUGUAGAAAUCUGGACAUUGAACGACCAACCUACAUCAACCUCAAUCGCCUGAUUAGUCAGGUAGCGUCCUCCACCACUGCUUCCCUCAGGUUUGAUGGAGCCCUGAAUGUUGACCUGGCAGAAUUCCAGACCAACUUGGUGCUCUAUCCCCGCAUCCACUUCCCUUUGACCACCUAUGCCCCUGUCAUCUCCGCUGAGAAAGCAUACCACGAACAGCAGGCAUUGUCUCCCACUUUCUCUUCACUGCCAUUCCCCCUCUCUCUUCACCUCACUGAGCACAGAGUAAGGCCCACUAACUUGAUCCUGAAGCACCUACUCUUUGCCAACUGUUUGACCCUCCUCUUCAAAGGUGUGCCCCACACUAUGGCAGCCUUGGGGUGGAGGCAUUUUUCCAGCGAUAUUGAAUGCAAACUUGUUUUGUAUCUACACAGAGUGGGAAGAGGAGUGUCCCUAUGCACCACCUGCCUUCUGAGUGUCUUCCAGGCCAUCACCAUAAGCCCCUGGACCUCCAGGUGGGCAGGGCUUAAGGACAAAGCCCCCGGGUACAUGAGCAUCCUCAUUUCCCUGUCUUGGGUCCUUGAAAUGCCGAUAAAUGUCAUGUUUCCCAUAUAUUUGAGUGCCUCAUUGAAGAAAAUAAACACCACAGAUUUGAAAGUCUUUAUAUUCUAUUCUGAUGUUUAUCACGGCCAAACUUCAAACUCAGUGUGUACAGUCCUGCUGUUUCUCACAGAUGCUGUGUGUCUGGGGUUCAUGCUCUGGGCCAGUGUCUCCAUGCUUCUCAUCCUGCACAGGCACCAGCAGAGGGUCCAGCACCUUCACAGGAACAAGGUCUCCUCCAGACACUCCCCUGAGUCCAGGGCUACCAGGACCAUCCUCCUCCUGGUGAGCACCUUUGUCUUCUUCUACCUCCUCUCCUCCAUCUGCCAGACUCUUCUGGGUCUUCUUAACCAGCCCUCCGCAUUGCUGGUGAACAUUGCUGCCAUGAUGGCUUUGUGCUUCCCAGCCAUCAGUCCCUUUCUACUCAUGAGCAGGGACUCCGGCAUGGUUAGGUUCUGA